GUUACCUUUUUUUAUAAUACCCUUUUUUUAUAAUACCCUUUUUUUAUAAUGUUUGCUUGUUUUACAGACUCGCUUAGCCGUGCUUUCAAAGAACACUUCCCUGAUUUUUGGAGUACUAUCUGGAUAUCAGAUUUACAGCGGGAAAAUGGUGUUUUUUUUUCAUUCUCAAUCAUCACCUUUUAGAGCGUAGUAUUUUGCCAUUAAUAAGUGCACAGUGAAAAUGUUUUUGACACCUAGUGCUCUAGCGAUGGCGCACCGCGUGGAUUCACAUAGCCAGAUCUGUUUAACAAUAACACCACAACACUCAUCAAAUUUAUCGAGAAAAAGCUAAUGACCAGUUAACAUAAAUGACAAAUUUCGAUUAAAAAAAAAUGCUCCGAAGACAUUGCACCUUGUUCAUACCCUUUCUGCUACAAUACCAUCGCAAGAUGUUAAGAAAAUAUAUUCACAAAACUGAGUCCCUAUUGGYCAUCGUUUGGAGUAGUCCUUAUAGCCACUAAGUGUCAUAUUUUUUGACCUAUAAGGAACUCCAAGCAUCAAAACCGAGAUAUCUUCCCAAAAUUACGUGGUUUUAAAAACUUCACAAAGCAAACCGURGAAUUAGGCUUACAGUACAGGGCGCCAAACUCAGUAAUGACGUGGAAGUCGGCUUCGGUUUGUGAUUUUGGACUUUCGUAUGCAAAUGAGUGUAGUAACGAUUUGGGGUUUUCGCAAACAGGUGCCCAGCAUAAGCGAAUAAAUCAAAAACCGUUCAGAGUUGUGAGCCACUGAAACGUGCGCCAGAGAAACGCUCCGGCCAAACGUGAAUCGAUUACAUUCAGACCUCAUUAUCCGUCUUGAAUGGACCGUUUAGAGGGGUGAGCGAGUUUAUAAUGAAACUGGACGGAAUCAAACUCGAUAAAAGCGAUUCAAAUGCUUCACGAUCUACUUCUCGUAAAGAUCGGGUUAUCAUAAACGUUGGUGGAAACCGGCAUGAGACAUAUCUGAGUACGCUGAGAGUUGUUCCGGACUCCAGGCUGGCAUGGAUCGGAGAGAAUGCUUCAAAACAAGCGGAGUACGAUCCGGAGACGAACGAGCUGUUUUUCGAUAGACAUCCAGGUGUAUUUGCCAAUGUCUUGAAUUACUAUCGUACUGGUAAACUGCAUUGUCCAGGCGACGUUUGUGGUCCUCUCUUUGAAGAGGAGCUCGCAUUUUGGGGAAUCGAGGAGCUUCAAAUGGAGCCGUGUUGCUGGAGCAACUAUACUCAACACAGGGAAGCGCAAGCGACUCUAAAAGCUUUUGAGGGCUUGCAGAAAGGUAACGCGGAAUCGGACAUCGAUAAUAGCGCACUAGGCAUCGAGCAUAUAGGCCCGAAAACUGGGGUUACUUUAAAACAAAAAGCAUGGGCAUUAUUGGAACAGCCAUAUUCAUCAAAGUAUGCACAG